AUGAAUGAAUGAUAAAAAUUUGGAUAGAAAUUGUUUGAAAACUCGUCGUUGUCGUUCUUGUAAUAAAAUCACUUACCCAUUUUUUUUCUCUAAAUGCGUGUCGGCAAAUUUUUUGUUUGUUUGUUUUUUUUAAAGAAUAUAGUAUUAUGUUGACAAUACAAAGAAAAUGGAUAAUUUCAAUGUUAGGAAUGUAUUCCUGUGGUCUAAUGUAUGCAAUUCGUGCAGGUAUCGGUGUAGCAAUGGUUCGUAUGACAAUGGUGAAGAAUGAAAAUGAUAAUUCAAGUAACAGCAGCAGCAGCAGUAUUUCAUCAAAUGUACCAACAUUUGAUUGGAAUGAAACUUUACAGGGUAUAAUAUUGGGUGGUAUAUUCUAUCUAUAUUGGAUUGUACCAACAAUUGUUGGUAGUUUAAUCGAACGUUAUGGUGCCAAAUGGUUUGCAUUGAUUGGUGUUAUUGGUCCUUGUAUUUUGACGGCAAUUACACCAUGGAUUGCUACCGUAAAUGUUUAUCUUUUAAUUGUUGUCAUGAUUUUGGUUGGUGCUACACAAGGUUUCACUUAUCCAUCAUUAUUUCAUCUAUAUGUACGUUGGUUUCCACCAGAAGAACUUUCAAAAGCUAAUUCAGGAAUACAAGUUGGUCAAUCAAUUGGUGGCACAUUAAUCUAUCUGAUUGGCGGUUUUCUAUGCGAAACAUCAGUCGGUUGGCCAUUGAUUUUUUAUGUUGAAGCAGCAUUUCAUUUACCAUGGAUAUUUUUAUGGCUAUAUUUUGGUUCAGAUCAUCCGGAUAAUCAUACGAAUAUUGAUAUAAAUAUGAAAUCAUCAUCGUCAUCGAUGAUAAAUGGAAUCGAAAAUCAAAAGGAUAAAAAAAUACGCACACCAUGGUUAGCGAUACUCAAAUCCGGAGCUGUAUGGUCAUCACUAUUAAGUAAAUUUGCAUGUUCAUAUGGUUUCUAUAUGUUUUUGAGUAAAAUACCCGCAUAUUUGGACAGUGAAUAUAAUGUUAGUAUCGUUGAUAAUGGUUUUAUCUGUGGAGCUGCUUUCGGUAGUUAUGGCCUAUUUUGUUUCAUUGCACCAUACAUAUCGAAUUGGAUGAUCGAUCGUUUGAAUAUAUCGGUAUUGACGACAAGAAAAUUAUUUCAAGCGAUUGCCAUGUUAAUACCUUGUAUAUGUUUAUUGGCUAUUACAUUUAUCAAUGAUAAAACAAUAAUGAUUAUAUUAUUAAUAAUGGCAAUGUUAAGCUAUGGUUUUUUUACCGGUGGUGAAUGGACAAUGAUUUCGGAAUAUGCACCAAAUUUUGUCGGUGUUGUUAGCGGUUUUACACACAUCCUUGGUUUUAUAGCCGGAUUUUUAGCACCAUAUAUUGUCGGCAUGAUAUUGGAUUCAAAUAUUGGUGAUGAACGUUUUAAAUGGAAUGUUGCAUUCUGGAUUAGUGCAGCAUUAUAUUUCAUCGGUUAUUUGGCAUUCUGGUUUCUAGCCACUGUUGAACAACAAUAUUGGGAUGAAAUCUAAUAAAAUUUUUUUUCUGUUUUAUGGAAAUAAUAAUAAUAAAUAAAUGAAAAAUUGAAGGAAAAUUUUUGAUUUCGUCAACAAAAAUCAUAAUUACCUUUCAAUGUCCAACUAUAAUUAUGUAAUAAAAAAAUUAAACAUA